AUGCCUACGCGGGUCAUUGACGUCCGGAGUCCGGACGGGCCAUCAGCCCUGCGGCUCGUCUCGGGCCAGGGCAUGUGCGAACCGUACAUGGCCUUGUCCUACUGCUGGGGUGUGACGGCCGACGACAUCCUGACCCUGACUCCCAAGACGUUUGCGUGCAUGACCCAAUGCAUCGCGGAGUCGGAUCUGGCACAGGCGCACCAGGACACGGUGUCCCUCGCUCGGGCACUGGGCAUACGAUACAUAUGGAUCGACGCGCUGUGCAUCAUCCAAGGCGACGAACAAGACUGGACAAGGGAGUCUAGGAAGAUGGCGCAGGUAUACGGCAACGCCACCCUGACCGUCGUCGCCGGACGCUCCGCAGACGCAAGAAACGGCUACAUCGACAACUUCGUGGACUCGUCACAAGCGGGGGCCCCGUCACCAUGCCGGCUUCCUGUGGGCGGCACCCCGGCCUCGGACGCGGAUUCUUCCAACGGCGGCGUCGUCAUGGUCAGUCUGCCUCGUUCUACCGACCUCGGCCCCGUCGUGACCCGGGCGUGGUGCUGCCAGGAGAGGACUUGCUGUCGACGCGCCGUCAUGUUUGGCACAGAGCAGCUCUUCUUCGAAUGCGAGACCCUGCGCAUCUACGAGAACGGGCUCAUCGCAGAUCGGCCGGCGGCGCGGUUCGCCUUUGACCAGCCGCCGCCGCCGUUGACUCUCUCGUCUUCUGCGCAUCCUGACGAGCUGCGCGACAGGCGCGAGGCCACCCUGCGCAAGUGGUACGACUUCUUAUACGUAUACACGGCGUGCCGCCUGUCCGACCCGCACGACAUCUUCGCCGCCAUCGCCGCCAUCGCCCAGCGGGCCGCGCGGGCUCUCGACUCACGCUACCUGGCCGGGAUCUGGGAGUGCGACAUGCUGCGCGGCCUGCUCUGGAAGCCGUGCUACCACCUCGAGGUGUCUCGGAACGCAAGGCUCGUGACCACGCGGCCCAAGCCCACGCGGCUCGCGGGCGCCGCCCGAGACUCGCGCGUUGUGCGCGCCCCGUCGUGGUCGUGGGCCGCCGUCGAGGGCCCCGUUUCGCAUGAGAGCGCUACGCCCCCGAACAUGGCGCGCUUCAGGGACCCGGCAUAUGCGAGGGCACGACCCGCGUGUGCGGGCUCAGCACGGUGGACGCGCGAAGACGACGACGACGACGACGAGCGGUGCGGGCCGGACAAGCUUCGCGUGCCCGCGCUGGAGCUGCGCCUCAUCGGUCGCCUAGCCGCCGUGCGGGUGUCGCAGCACGGAGAGUGUGCCCUCAGCGUAGACGACUACAUCGCCCAGACGUACCCGAGGGGAAGAAGGCGGGCGCUGCGGAUAAACGUCGAAGGAUUGCCGCUUCUCGGACUCGGAGCGGCCUUGGGGCUGGCUGACGAUCCGUGUGGCCGCGUCGUGGGCAUCGGGCUCUUCGACGUGCGCGAGGAGCGGGAAGGGGUCGACAUCGUCUACUGCCUGCCCCUCGUCCGGGACAAGGGCCUGCUGCUGGCGAAGAGCGGUAAUGGCCGCAGCUUCAGUCGGCUAGGGUGGUUCUGGGUCGAAAAGGAGGCUUGGUUUUCAAGCCACGAGGAGACGGAGGUGCAUCUGUGUUGA